AUUUAGUGAUAUCUAACAUUGGAUUUAAACGGUCAUUCUAUCAGUACCAUCAGCAGUUACAAUAAAUCUCUUAAUAAAUAAUUUUUAUGGAACUGUUGAGCUUCUCAAGGAUUACAAAACCAUUUAUGGAUAAAAAUGUUCAAUCGAUCUUCGAGAAUAUCGCACAAGUGUAUAAAAUAAAUACUUCAAUCGAUCAAAAGUUGAUUUAAAAACCGUAGAAAGCAAUAAAUAAGUGUUCGCAGUCGCUAAUUGAAAUCUUGCUAUGCAGUGAAUUUCUCGAAAUUUUUUUUUAUUAUUUUGUAAAAUGAGCAACUGAAAAAAAAUUCAAUGGUGAAGUCACCAAACGUCGAGUGAAGUGGAAACUAAAUGAACUUGAAAAAAACUUCAAUAACCUGUUGAGAUUUACGGAAAUUAAAUUUUCACAUGCAUUCAGAUGCAUCUCAAUAAAUAGUUGAAUUAUUCAAAUGUAAACCAAAUUGUUUGAAAACCGCAGACGGAGACGACGACAAGACAUAAAAGUUGUGAACAUGCAAAUAAAUGUAAAAUCAGUGAAGUGAAUUAAGAAAUAAAACAAAUUGCAAAGUGUGUAAAGCGAUUGACUUGAAUAUGUUAUGAGAAUUGCAUAUACAAUUUAAUGAUUGAACAGUGAGUGAUGACAAUGUCAAUUCUGAUGAUGGAUUAGCUGUGAUUGUGUGAAGAAAAUCUGUGAAAACUCAAAAGAUGGACAAGUAUGAAUCAGCUAUUGAAUUGUUCCAAUAGUUUCGGGAAUAAUCAAACGUUCGAAGCAGAUGGCAAACUGUUGUUUGUCGGCGAUAGUUUAAUCGACGAAGAUAUUCAAUGCAUUUGGAAUUCAAGUAACAACUCAUUGGAUUUUGUUGACCAAUUGUCGCGGUUUGACUCAAAUAACAUAAUAAGGAAUUAUUCAUUAAACGCAAGUGAUUAUGUGAAUCACAGUCAGAAUGAUAAUCGACUUCACUAUGAGUGGAGUUACUUGUUUGUCAUUUUGUUUAUUUUGGCUGGUGGACUGGGAAAUAUUCUCGUUUGCUUGGCGGUAGCAUUGGAUAAAAAGUUACAAAAUGUCACAAAUUAUUUCCUUCUUUCCCUCGCUGUUGCCGAUCUACUGGUUAGUCUGUUUGUAAUGCCGUUGGGAGCUGUUCCGGCAUUCUUAGGAUAUUGGCCUUUCGGCAUCACAUGGUGUAAUGUAUACGUGACAUGUGAUGUGCUAGCGUGCUCGGCAAGCAUUUUGCACAUGUGCUUCAUUAGUCUAGGAAGAUAUUUAGGUAUAAGGAACCCUUUGGGAUCUCGUCAGAGUUCGACGAAACGGUUGACUAGUUUCAAGAUCGCUCUUGUAUGGCUGCUUGCGAUGCUCAUAUCCUCGUCAAUUACGGUUCUAGGAAUCGUUGACAGAGAAAACAUAAUGCCCAAACCUAAGCAAUGUGUAAUCAACAAUAGAAUGUUUUUCAUCUUUGGUUCGCUCUUUGCAUUUUAUGUGCCAAUGGUUCUCAUGGUCAUCACAUACGCUCUAACUGUUCAGUUACUGAAGAAGAAAGCUCGCUUUAUUGUUGAACAUUCAGAAAGCGAAACGUUUCGUAGACUGGGUGGAGGAAGAUACUCGGCCAAGCAGCCAUCAGCGUCAAGCGACCAUGAAAGAAAUAGUCGCAAUGAUGAACACAGAAGCAAUAACAACAGCAACAAAAACCUUUCACAUUCCCAAUCACAGAAUUCAAUGAGUUGGAGAACACAUGGCAGCGGUGGAAUCUUAAAACCGGAAAGAAGAUCCAACAAUAUGAGUACAAGUACAUCACAUCCUUUGCUGACUUUUAAUAACAACAAUAGCAACAACAGUAGCACGCGUAAUAUAUUUUCUUCUUCAUCACGCGGACGGCCAGUUGAUAAGAGCACACAAACUCCCGAAAACAUUGAACGAGAGACUCGUCGCCAUAAAUUGCGAUCGUUAAAAAUAAAUUUUAAUAAUGUGCCGACACCAUCACUGAAUUUCAAAUUGGGCUUCUUGAAUCAACGGAAGCGUACAAAUUUAUCCGCAAACGCUGUCGCCACAGAGCAGAAAGCAACCAAGGUUUUGGGGCUCGUAUUUUUCACGUUUGUUCUCUGUUGGAGUCCUUUCUUCAUUCUUAACAUUUUAUUCGCAGCGUGCCCUAAAUGUCAAGUUCCUGAUCACAUCACAAAUAUAUGUUUAUGGUUGGGCUACGUGUCAUCUACAAUCAAUCCAAUCAUUUAUACAAUUUUCAAUAAGACUUUUCGUGCAGCGUUUAUUCGCUUACUUAAAUGUAAAUGUCACAAAUCUGGUCGACCCUCCCGAUAUCGAAGUGUCACAGAUGGCCGAAGUGCAAUCAGUUUAUGCGUGCCGUCAGCGCUUCCCUUAGCCAUUUCAUUACAAGGUGCGCCUUUGUUAACCCCAUCGACAGUUCAAACUCCCCUUAGUGAUUUUAGAAAUUUGUCAAAUAGUGCGACAGAGGAUGUUAACAAUUAUUGGGCUCUACUGGCAAUAAUCCUUGUGUUAGGAACUGCCUGUGGAAACAUUUUGGUCUGUCUAGCGAUUGCUUGGGAAAAGCGAUUACAAAAUGUUACCAAUUACUUUCUAGCAUCUUUAGCAAUAACAGAUUUAAUGGUUGCUGUACUCGUAAUGCCUUUAGGAAUUGUAACAUUGUUUAGAGGAUACUUUCCACUACAAUCAGAACACUGUCUUGUUUGGAUAUGUUUAGAUGUUCUAUUUUGUACAGCAAGUAUAAUGCAUUUAUGCACAAUAUCUAUUGACCGUUAUCUGUCACUACGAUACCCAAUGCGAUUUGGAAGAAACAAGACUCGCCGGCGAGUUGUUCUCAAAAUUUUCUUUGUUUGGUUGCUGUCAAUUGCAAUGAGCUUACCAUUGAGCUUAAUGUAUUCUAAGGAUCACGCUUCGGUUCUCGUUGAUGGAACCUGUCAAAUUCCUGAUCCAGUCUACAAGUUUGUUGGAUCGAUUGUUUGUUUUUACAUUCCUUUAGGCGUUAUGUUGUUGACGUAUACAUUGACAGUAAGAUUAUUAGCACAACAGCGACAGAAUCUUGGUGGUGGAAAGCCUACAAGCAGUGGAUGGUCGAGUGGAUGGCUUGGAAUCGCCCCGCCAUUAGAACGAAAAAACACAUGGAAGCGAUUCAUUAAGACGAGUUUGCCGUCAACGCCAAAUCACGCGCAUUCGGCUGGUUCAACAGACACAGAACUGUCAACUCUUGACAUUAAUACCCAUGAAUUAUGGUUGCCAGAGUCUAGCAUCCCCGAACCAACACCAUCAACAAUGACAGCACUUCAUCAAUUUGGGGCUGAAAUGUUAAAGCUUUCUCGAGGCUUAGAAUCAUUUACACCAAUCACAGAAACAUCAACAAGAAGAUGCGAAGAGCCUAAGAAAUGUGAAACAAUGACUAACAAUACUUUAGACUCAUCGAAACAACAUAAAACUCGAGUAGAAUGUUUCAACAACAGCGAGAGUAAAAAAUCAACUUCUAGUAUGCUAGUUAAGGCCACGAAGCGAAGAGCUUCAUUAAAUGUGUUUAGCAACAGCAACAGCAAGAAUCCAUCAUCAAUACGUCUUAGACGCUCUAACAGCAUACAAACAUUGGAACGUGAUGAACGUGCUGAAGAAAACGAGAAUCAUAUCAUGGAAAAAAUUAAUGAGUUAAAGCGGAAAAAGAAACAACAUAAAAACAAUGAACGCGACACGACUUCCUUGGAACUUCCACCUCCAUGUACAUGUCCGUACUUUGGCGACAAGCCUUGCGCUUUAGUGAAGCCAAUUGAAGUCAAAAUCAUAACAACAUCCUCGAGCAAUUUCUUGACGCCAGAGAAACAUCAUUUGAACGAUUCUAGUCAAUUUAUGUCGGCCUCAAGCAUCUCCGUCGAGAACACAACAUCAACAAGUAGCUUGCCAUCGGCUCAAAGUGCGAUGAAUAAAAGUAACAGCAAGUAUAGCUACUCAAAAUGUAAUUCUGUUGUGACCUGGGACUCAAGGCGAUAUCAGAGACGGGGAUCAAGCAUGAGUGGCUCUAUACGAACAGCCCUCGCGCCGUCACCACAAAAGUCAUCUCUCGUCAAUUCAACUCCCUUAAGACGCUCUGUUACACUUCGUCACAACAACAAUAUCAUUUCAAACGACGAACAUAGCAUUGCGACACAGAAAGUUCCAUCAUCACCAUGCAUUCUUCAAAGGACGACAACAAUUCGUUCUCACCAUUCACGAAACUCGAGCGUUAUCUCACGCAACUCAUCACGACACGGCAGAAUAAUUCGAUUGGAACAAAAAGCAACAAAAGUACUUGGCGUUGUUUUUUUCACAUUUGUCAUUUUGUGGGCGCCUUUUUUUGUGUUGAAUCUUCUUCCCACUGUUUGUCCGGAUUGUGAAUCGAACAUCAGCCAUGGCGUAUUCGAUUUCGUUACGUGGCUUGGCUACGCAUCAUCGAUGGUGAAUCCGAUUUUUUAUACAAUUUUCAACAAAGUCUUUCGGCAGGCUUUCAAAAAGGUGCUUUUGUGUCGAUACAAAAGCAAGGCUAUUUGGCGACCGGUACCUACGAAUAAUCGGUAGCAGCAACCGAAGUGCGUUUAACACACAACCAACCAUUUUGGUGACACCAUCACAUAAGAAUCUUACGGAAACCUCUGUCGCAUUAUAACACAAUAGAAAAGAAAACUUAAGGAAAAUAUCGGGAAAAAUAAAAGUUCCUUUCCUUUUUGUCUUCAAUACUUUAAGCUAUAAAAUAUAUUUUCUAUUAAAGCUUUUGUAAAAUGAAACUUUUGGCUAAAAGCUAUGAAAAAUUAUAUUUAAUUUUUUAAAGUGACAGCAUAGAAUGAGAUAACAAAUGAGAAUUUAUGACAACAGAAGUAAAGCAGACUUUAUCAUUCAUCCUUUGCACAAAUGUGACAACGAUUUCAAGUUACGAUGAAGACAAAAAAAGUAAUGAAAUCGUAUAAAAUUGUUGUCUGACUGUUUCAACUUGUGCUUUCCUAUAGUAACGUUUACUAUGUGUAUGUAUACAUCGUAGAAUUAUUUAUUAUGUUUGUCUCCUUUUUAAAAAUAAUAGGAAAAAAAAUUAAUCGUAAAAUAUUUACUUGUUUUUCACGGAAAUUGUUGGGGAAGAGAAAUGCUAUUCAAUAAAUUAAAGUCAAGCUAAGCUAAGCAAAAAAGUAAAAGCAGAUAGAAAAGGUAGAAAAAAAAAUGUCGAAUGGGCUGUGAUAACAUAAAAAUAUUUUUUUUUAUGUCGAACUAUAGAAGUUCGCAUCAAGAAUGAAUCAGCAGAAAGGAAAGCAAUGAAAGGAUUUUCAAUUAUUUUAAUUUAUCGUGUUUUCCUUUCUAUCUAAAAAUAUACCAAAUAGCGAUCGUUCAAGGAAAAUUAAUCAGCCAAACGGAAUAGAUUAUUAAGUUUACUAUGGAGGCGUCUUCUACUGGAAAUAUUGCAAAUAUUUUAAUAGGUAAAAGUUACCCACGUAACAAAAAUGUCACUCAUUGAGUUCCUCGAAAAAUUGAAAUAUUUAAAUAAAUAUCUUUCAUGUCGAAAAUGUCUGAAGAUAUUGAGAUAAAAGAAAAACCUCUUUUACAGAACUCUUUCAGUUUUCCACUCUUAAAGAGAAUGUUUUUAUAAGAUGAAAAAGGGAGUCAAAUAAGCCUGUUGAAUUCCUUGAGAAUUUUAGGGUUAAAGUGAACUGACGAUGUUGAAAACGCCAAC